CGGUUUUCCUCCGCGUCAGCAGGAGGCGUGUCGAUCGGGUACUGCRAGCUGUAUUAUUGGUUUGCCAACGGAGUCCUUCCGCUUUGACUGUAGCCGAGCUGUCACCGCUGGAGGAUGAACAACCAGAAAUGUAGCACUUUAUUCCUGAAACUAAAGGGACGGAGGAGGAUUAUACGAUGUAUUUAUGUGGUGGGCUUCAUGGACUUGUUUGGGGUGAGCAUGAUCAUCCCUUUGCUCAGCCAUCAUGUGAAGGCUCUUGGAGCAAGUCCCACUGUGGCUGGUAUUGUAGGGUCUACAUAUGGGAUCCUGCAGCUUUUCUCAAGCACAGUAGUUGGCAGCUGGAGUGACGUGGUCGGACGGCGGUACUCUCUGCUGACAUGUCUGCUGCUCAGCGCUCUGGGCUAUGGCCUCCUUGGGAUGUCUACGAGCAUCACUUURUUUAUCCUCGCACGGAUACCUGUGGGGCUGUUCAAGCACUCCCUGUCCAUCUGCAGAGCCUUGCUGUCUGACCUGGUGUUAGAAUCUGAGCGCCCCCUGGUGAUGGGACACUUUAAUGCAGCUUCCAGUGUGGGCUUUAUACUUGGUCCUGUGGUGGGUGGAUACUUCACAGAGCAAGAAGGAGGCUUUUACGUGUCCUCCUUUACUUGUGCUGCAAUCUUUCUUAUUAAUGCUGGGUUGGUGUGGAUGCUACCCUGGACCGAAACACUUGCUGACCGUAAUGCAACAAAUCACAGCAACAACACAAGUAAAGGAUGUCAUGACGAAUACUGCAGCAAGUCAGUGCAGAAUGGUUCUCAUGCAAAGAGCCAGAAAGAAAAGACUGAAGCAGCUUCCAGAUCUUCUUGGAAGCAUCGUCUCAGGUGGAGAGUGGUGCCUCUGCUCCAGCCUGCCUGGGGACAGCUUUCCUCGGUGAGCUCCAGGAUCCACAUGGUGGCCUCAUCGGACAUGUGGGACCUCUUCCUUGUGCGUCUCCUGAUGGCCGUAGCCAUCAUGCUCUACUACAGUAACUUCGCUCUGGCCAUGGAGGAGCGUUUCUCCCUCAAACCAAAAGUGACAGGUUAUCUGAUCAGCUACAGCAGCACCUUGGGGGCCCUGGCUGGGUUCCUGGUGGGGCCCGUCACCCAGCUCUAUAAAAACAUGGCCGCCCUGUUGCUUCAUUCCACAGUGCUCACCUGCUCCCUUAUUUUCCUCUACGCUGCCGCUCCGAGCGUCUGGCAGGUGCUGCUCACCUCCACCUUCUUUGCCAUUUCCACCACUAUCGGGCGGACGUGCAUCACAGACCUGGAGCUGCAGAGGGGAGGGGUCCACGCCAGCGGGACUCUGAUCGGAGCCGGGCAGUCGGUCACAGCUGUGGGUCGGGUUCUGGCCCCGCUCCUCUCAGGUCUGAGCCAGGAGUUCAGCCCCUGCGGUCCUCCCAGUCUGGGAGUGGUGCUCGCUCUGGCAGCCGUGGCUCUGCUCCUCGUCAGGAUUCCCAAAUGGGACAAAAGAGGAGCGACAAAAGCAGACAAGCUCUGAGAACUCACACCAGGAAAUGAACGCAAACCACUCAGAGAAGUGCUUUUAUUCACAGGACUCAGCUGUGAUGAACAGUGGAACCAGUGUCUCACUCAAGCAUGUUGAUUGGAACGUGAACUCCUUCUCUCAGAUGUGAAGACACGACUCUGGUGAAAACAGUUUGUCACUAACAGUUUUCAGAGGGAGCAGAGUGGAAAUGAUUUGCAGCGUUUGUGAUUAAAAGGCUGCAAAGUUGAUUGUGGUUCCAAAGUUUCACAGGACAGAAACUUAGAGGCUUCAUUUUUGCACUGUUACUGCAUCAGUUUUUAAAUGAUGUGUCUCUACUACAUAAUUUAAAUUCCAAGAGUUUAUUGAUAAAUCUGUUGAAAAGAGCAACAGAUUCAUCAAAAUGCUAGAAUAAAAUGAUAAUUUAGCUUGAUUUUACACUUUUUAUUCCACUUUUCUAAAGCACUACAUAAAAAUGGUUCCUGUCGUGGUAAAUGAGUGAAUUUGAUUAUUUAUCUGAAAAUGUGUUCAAAUGUAACCAGAAGUCAUUUGGUAAUUUUUUUUAUGUUUUUAAUAAAUUGUUUCUGAGCACUUG